AAUAAGGGAGGUCUGAAGGACUGCCGACACAGAGCUAAAUGUAUGAUAUUCCGUCAUCGAUUUGGGUGUCGGAGGUUGUCGCACGUGCCUUUCCUCCCAAACCUCCCGUACCAGCUGCACACCUGCCGGGGGGCGGUACCGUCGGAACGCACGCCCAAUCAGCGGACGAUACGCGAACGUGCGGCCAACCAGCGUCGGCCCGCCCUCCUGUAUUCCGGCCAGGUGCCACAGACACCCGAGGGACGGCCCACCAUACGCCACAGUCAGUUGGUCACCGGGCGGGGAGCGGGGUGGACGCACUCUACUGCGCUCCUCUCACCCUUCCCGCUCAUACUCCUAACAAGAUGUGAGGCGCUGGGCCAGGCGCCUCCACACUACUCCACGAGUCGGCUCGCUUUGUUCAUCUGUGAUCUCAACUGUGAUAAUGCCGAAAGGCUUCCUGGUGAAGAGGAGAGAAGAGGAAAUGAGUGCAUUGGACUUGAUACCGUACAGACCGUGGCGCGAUGUCACCCUGCCGGUGGAGCAAGAGGAACCUGUUGACUUCAGUCUCCGGAGUCGGCGUGAUAGCGAGAGUUGCGACACAAGGGCUCGGGAUGACUUGCAGCAGGUACGUGGAGAGGUCGAGGGGGUUAAGGAAGUAGUGCACGGACGGGGCGCUGAGAAGGGGUGCCGUCUGCUGGUGCGGACUCCAGAUUCUGGCUUCAGCAGUCCCUCUGAUGGAGAUUUCUACAGAAGAUCAGUGUGUCACACUCCAUCCGUGCGACUUCCAGCCAAGAUUUACCCUGACGCAGUAACUCCCAGUGAUGUGGAACAGACAGCCCCUCUGGCGCUCAUUAAGAAGCGGUCCGCCCUUGAUGAACCAGAUCAGAGCUUGCAUGUUUCCACCUUACACGACCCUCCAGACGCCAGUCACUUCCAACCUUUCCACCUGACCAUCCCGCGCGUGGACGACCCGCGGUACCUGAUGCCGCCUCAGACCAGCCCCUACCACCUGUUGUCACCCACGCUCUACUGGCCGCAUGGCUCCUCUCCUCUACGGUCGCCCAUCCCAUUCACGUCUCCUCUCGGUCGUUCUCCUUACGACCUAAGUCAUAGUGCCGUGUCUCUGCAGAGCCCUCAGGAAGGACUCAAUCUCACCACCCGUCCUCCAGGCUCCCCACGCCUCAUCACGCCCAUCAAGGUUCCACCCAAGUCCCCUAUCGGUGGCGCCGUUACUCCACAAAAACGUAAGUCCCCCAACACCUCUAUCACACCAUCAGAGAAGAAACUCAAAACGUCCAAGAAAACCAAAGCGGCGCGGCGCCUUAACUUUGAUGAAGACAAAACUUCGCCAGUGUCCGGCACUAUUAUUAGAGAGUUGGCGGAGGGAGAGGAGCCCCUCGUCGUCAGGAAAGGUGACAUCGAUCCGGCCUAUAACGUCGUUGAGAUCACAGAGGAAGCCAAAGCCGAGAUAGCUAAGAUCGACAACAAAAUCGGCGACUAUGUGUGCCGUCUUUGUAAGGAGAUGUAUGAUGACGCCUUUGGUCUGGCCCAGCACCGGUGCUCCCGCAUUAUUCACGUGGAGUAUCGGUGUCCAGAGUGCGACAAAGUGUUCAACUGCCCGGCGAAUCUCGCCUCUCACAGGAGGUGGCACAAACCCAAGACUUCCGUCGGUACUAACUCCACCGCCGGUACCAGCACGGCCUCCGCCAGCACCAGCACCACCAGCGAGGUGGAGGUGUCGCCGGGCAAAAGCUACACUGAGAACAACAACAACACGAGCAGUACCACCAACAACAACCUGAUGAAGGGACCUCCUGCCUUGGUGCCGCUGCCGCAGUUCAUGGCCAUGGAGCGGGAGGAGAUGACGCCUGAGGAGCAGUUCGAGUGUGAGCUGUGCUUCAAGAAGUUCAAGAGGCAGUCCUACUUGAAAAAACAUCUGGCUACGCAUCGUGGGGAGGGCGGCGAGGGUGACGGGGCGGGGCCGUCUCACGCACCCCAGCCUCCGCCCCUCACGCCCCUCCUGUCACCACACUUCCCCGCCGAGGUGCUCCCCUGCCAUCUUUGCGCUGCCGCCUUCUACACGGCGGCCGCCCUAGAGCUGCACCUGGAGACCGCCCAUCUUCCAAACCUAGACGCCACUUCCCCCACCCAGCUACACGUACCCCGUCCUCAAGUCUCCUCUAGAGGACAUAUUCCUAUCCAGCCUCCCCCUUCCACACCGUCCCACCUCCUUCACCGCCCCCAUCAGAUCUCUGCGCCAACGUAACUCUAUGGCGUGCCCAACUUCUUCCCCUUUCUUCCUUCCCUUCCUUCACCACUCGGCGCAGCAGGUGUCCAGCCGAUGCCAAAACAACUUGUGGAGUCAUCGGUCAUCUAAGACAUCACCCAAAGGCGUCAUCGGCAGCUCCUCCCGGUGCGGACGCGGUUCUCCGUCAGGCGGGUCUUCAGCUGGCGUGGGUGCAGCGGAAGCCUUCCCCACGUCGCCCCAGCCCCCGCGACUCAACAGGUAUCGGCCCUCGGGCCUCUUUAUACUCUAGUCUUGGCCGCCUCGUCAUUGUGGUCGGGCCUCUUAGUUACUGGUCACUGUCCCCACAUUGCUCUGUAUAUCAUGUAUCCAUAGGUUUAAUCUGAGACAACUUGAGGGCGUAACUUAGCAGUAGAUGAAGGUCACUAGGUCUGCCAACUGGACGCCUGUGUGUGUGUGUGUGUGUGUGUGUGUGUGCGCGCGUACGGUGAAUGGCGCUCAGAAUCAAUGAUAAAAAUUCUAUCACCAAUUUGUCUUUGUUUGUAGCGAUGGGUCGAGUGUUCGGCAGGCAGGGCACGGGGUGUCCUGACUGAUCAGAUUUUAUAUUCAGUGUGUGUGAGGAGUGAGUGAGUGAGUGAGUAGGAAAAAAGGGCGCCACUCUCAAAUCAUGUCAUAAAAUCUGGCAUUGAUCUCAGUUUAUGUCAUGAUCCAGCACGACAAGACGCAGGGCAGUCUCGCAGCGACUCCUGAGUCUGACGCUGAUCUCAUAAAGGCACUUAUUGAUUUUCAUGUUUUUUGUAUAUAAUUUAUGAAGUGUUACUGAUCUCAGUGAAAUAUUCACAAUGAUCACAAGCUAUUAUUGCACUCAUUUUUUACAAGUCUAAAUUAGAACUACUGAACAUUAUACUCAGCUGAACACAUGUGCUAUGCUAUCAAAAUUAAAUAGAUUCACCUUAAUGAUCCUCCUAACGAUUAUAACUUCCAAUGCGGGUGGCACCAAUUAUCAAUGCGCCCCUUGUUGGGAGGCUCCAGCACCAGCAUGUCAUCAAACACGUCCUAGGCUGACCCUCAGUAAUCAAGUGAAACCCAGUUGUCUCAGCUACCAGGUAAUUAGCCUAAUCAACCAAAGUACCUGAGCACACCAGAAGGAACACAGGAUAGUGCUUUUCACCAAAUAAUUUUUGGUAUUUAUGAUGUACAUACUGAGCAGGUUAACUUCACCGCAGCAACCAUUAAGUAAUAUCAUGUGUUCGAUGUGAAACAAUUGAUCAGAAAUCUAAAUUAUUAUGUAGCCAUUUUCCUUUGCAGUAAGGCUAGCCUGCUCCCAGCCCGACGUCACGCUUAGGGCGUCACGCCGGGCUGGGAAUGAUAAGUGUUCCUCGUGUCCUUUCUGGUGACGUAGUGAUUAAGUCUUUUGUAGUACUUAGUAGGAAAGCGAUCACUUGAUGAGACCAACACGAAGGUCACGGACACACAGCCAUCACCUCGAAAGCAAUCAAGAGUCAACCAGUGUUAAUCAAAGAUGAGCUACUCCAUUUUUUGUGUUGAUUGGGCUGCGGCACACGGAGGCACGCGCGGUGGAUUAUUAACCCGUCACCUUUGAGUCCCGCGCCACCCCUCCUGGAGUGGACAAAAGCUAAAUGAAGGCGGGCGAAUUGUUAAGCAUUCAAUAUUCAUCAACAAGAUUGCCAGCGUGAUAUCGGUGACAUCAUGGAGAGUUCACGCGGGCAUAAAUUUGUGCGGAAAAUGUAAAUCCUGAAAUUGUUCAUUGUGAGUGUCGGACAUUAAAUUUACACAUGAGGUUUAAGUUGUCUCUCAGCGUGUCGUAAGUGUUGCUAAUGAGCGGGUGUGAAGGGCGUGCGGGGAGAGGCGCGGGGUGGGGAGGGCGCGCCACACGGCUGGGUCUUCCCCACACCGGCGGCCAACCCUCGCCUGCCGGAUAACUGGAUAAUCGAAACGGCAACGCUCACUCUCUAUACCGGAUUAAUUACUUUUCCAUUCUGAUCCCCGCAGUUUGUUUUCUUGUUUGUUUUUUACAACUUUAUAGUUUUUACCCUGGCAGCAUCGCAGGUCUCACGCCAGCUUUGCAUCCAUGGGGCUGAAAAAACAAAUGUUCACAGGCUGGACACAGCGGUAUUGUUGUUGGCAUGAAAAGAAAUAUCCGCGCGUGCUUCAGUGUGGGCUGCUGUGUGGAAUAGUUUUACAGGAUUCACUGGUUGACUGUGGAGUGCGGGUCGCCGGUAACACACCAGCCCGCCCCUGUAUCACCGUAAGCUCACAACCAAUUGGCUAGAUUCGUGCUGGGAAUGCGUGCAACAUGAGCAAGGAAUACCGUGCAAUCAGGGCGUGCAAUAUAUCACUAAUAUGAAUGGUGUGUAAGGAAGAGUGUGAGAGUGAGAGUGUGUGUGCGUAAGAUUAAGUCAACGCAGCUGUGCUUAGUGAUUAAAGAAAGAGUGACACGUAAAAGUGAAGUUAAUUUUAAGUGAAAAAUUGAGGUGUGGUGUGUUGCCGGCGAGGGUUUUGUGAGGCCCGGGUGUGGUGGUGCCCGGGACUUUGUGUGCUUCGUGUGUGCUGUUCAAAGGAUAUCUGGGCUGUGUGUACAAUUAAUUCGUGUUUAGGAACGAUUAAUGCCUACCGUGUAUAUAAAGUGCCAUAAGUGUGUACAUAUGUAUAGCUCCUAAGUCCAUCAUGCCCAGACGUGAGGCGGGGACGGCAUCCAUAGGGCGGCAUUUGUUCCUGUAUGGGUCCCGCCCCCUCGCCGUCAACAGGGGAG